GCUCCAUCGAACCGCGUGUAAUGGGUCCCUUCCACUCAAAAUUGGAGGGAAAUGAACCCACGCACACACACCCAUCCCGGCGCGGCGCCUCCUCCUCAUCAAUUCAAUCAUAGAUGGCGCGCAAUCCGAGGUUUAAAUUCAAAUUAAUUUGCAUCCAAAACAAAGCCCUCACUUUCCCUCUCAAUCCCUCCCUUAUAUAUCGCUUCAUCGGGGUUAUUUGGUCUGAUGUUUAAAGAAAAUUUGGGGCAGUAGCAAUUCGGCGAUCAUUGAAUUUGAAAUUUUCAUUGAAGGCAAGUUCAGAUGGAAAACAAUCAGAGGAGUGGUUCAAGAGGUGCUCUAAUUGUACUAGAAGGGUUGGAUCGCAGUGGGAAGACCUCACAAUCGUGCAGGCUGCUUUCUUACUUGGAGGGACUUGGCCAUCCAGUUGAAUCAUGGCGUUUUCCUGAUAGAAAUACAGGUGUUGGGCAAAUGAUUUCCGCUUAUCUUGCUAAUAAGUCGCAAUUGGAUGAUCAUGCAAUCCAUCUACUCUUCAGUGCAAAUCGUUGGGAGAAGAGAUCAUUAAUGGAGUCUAAGUUGAGAAGUGGAACCACCCUCAUUGUGGACCGCUACUCAUUUUCUGGGGUAGCUUUUUCAUCUGCCAAAGGACUUGACUUUGAAUGGUGUAAGGCACCAGAGAUGGGAUUGCUGGCACCAGAUUUGGUAUUAUACCUUGAAAUACCACCAGAGAAAGCUGCUGAAAGAGGAGGCUAUGGUGGUGAGAGAUAUGAGCAGCUUGAGCUUCAAAAAAAAGUUGCCCGUUCCUAUCAGAUGCUCUAUGACGCCUCGUGGAAGGCCAUAGAUGCUAGCUUACCCAUUGAAGAUGUUGAGAAACAGCUGAGGGAGAUGGUACUGGAUUGUGUGACAACAUGCCAAAAGGGGAAAGCCCUCUCGAAUCUAUGGUAAAAUUGAACCUAGUUCAUUCAGAAGGAAUGCGAACUACGGGUUUACGUUGACAUGCUUGCCUAUUUGCCACCAGAUGAAUUGUGUGAAAUGUUGGUAGCUUUAUAUUAUAAACGUCUGUUCAAAAAAAUUUAUAUUAUAAACGUCAGUUCCUACUGGUUUAUUCCCAAAACAAAUCCUUGUAUUUCUUAUUCAAUUUGAAGUGGAAAUGUGAGGAAAUUUGGUAUUAUAAAAUGAUGCAAAACAUGUUCAGCUAA